AUGGCAGCCAAGGCUUUCCUGGGCAUCGGAGAGGGCAACGCCGCAGAGACCGAGUACCAGCAGCUCACGGAGGGCCUGAUCAAGGACAUCCUGAACGUCUCCCAGCUGUCCCGUGAUGCGCCAGACCGCGAGAAUGUGCUGAAGGAGAUCAAGGACCGGUCCACCGCCUGGGUGGCCAAGUACCGACGACAAGGGAGUGUGCAGGGGCGGCCGUCCUUUGCCAACACCUACUCCGCUGUGAACGCGAUCGCCGGGCACAUAAACUCCUUUGGCUUCUCCACCCCUGUGCCCAAGAAGCGGCUGGAUCGCAUCGUCAAGGACCUGACGGACGCGGAGCGCCAGCUGCAGCGCGGCCGAUGA